AUGAAUCUCGCUCGAGCAGAAUCAGCAUCAUGUGUUUACAACGGUGACGUCAUCGUGACUGGAGGUUGGGUUGAUCAAAAUGGCACUGAUUUGAUCGAGAUUUUAAAGAUGAACCAGCAUCCUUUGCGAUGGACGAUGUUUGAUGGUAAACUGCCCCCCAAGUUAUCUGCUCAUGACGUCACAGUUUACCAAGAUAAAUUAUAUAUCAUAGCAGGAGAUAACUGGAAUGAAAACAAACCAUCCGAUGCAAUUUAUGAACUAUCCCUUGCCCCCCUGAUGCUGUCAAGCUUCUCGCAAGAAUGCCUCAGCCAAGAAGAGACCACGGAGCACAAAUUGCUAACGGGAAGCUAUUUAUCUUGGGAGGAUCGACAACCGGCAAGAGUAAAGAUGCCAUUAAUUGAUAGCGUUGUUGUGUAUGAUUUCAUCAAGAACCAGAUUAAUUUACCCGAGCCUGCCCUAGGAAUGUCCACAGUUACUUGGGGCAAUAUGAUCAUUGUUGUCGGCGGGGUGGAUAAGAAUUACCAGGCUUUAAAUGACGUCAUCAUGUAUCACAUUGAAACAGGGCGAAGUGAAAGUUUACCUUCACUGAAAAACAAGAUGCAUGGUGCCUCAGCUGUCAUCUUGCAUGACGUCAUUGUUGUAUUGGGAGGAAGGAAUGACGAGGAGUAA